AUGAAGAUCACCUGCUGCCCACAAUACACCAUCAAAAGCCAGCGUAAACUUAUAAAUCGCUGGAACCGAUAUAUUCUCCGAGAGGAGCCCGACAGUCCUAUGGAAGCGGAUACCAGUGAUGAAACGUCAAAGUCGAAGAAAUCCGGUAAAAAGCCCCAACUGAAAUCGCCCCCAUUCACCUCGUUGUCCGAGUCCCUUCAUGCAUCUGAGAGUAAUAUCCAUCCAGAAUUAGAAUCGACGCAUACUUUUGAAGUUACUCUAGAGCCUGCUUCAUACACUGUCCAGAAAUCUGCUCUUUAUAAAAAAUACCAAUCCGAGAUACAUAAUGACAGGAAAUCGUCACCAUCUGGAUUCAAACGAUUUCUUGUUGACUCUCCUCUACAGGUGGAACCAAUACCAUACCCGAAUCCUCCGCCAAGUCACCUGCCGCUUAACUAUGGCUCAUACCACCAAUUAUAUAAAAUCGAUGGUCAAUUAAUGGCUGUGGCAGUGCUAGAUAUCCUGCCAUGUUGUGUUUCCAGCGUUUAUUUCAUGUACGAUAACACUUGGGAGAGGUUCUCUCUGGGCAAGCUCAGCGCACUUCGAGAAGUGUCCUUGGCACGAGAAAUACGGGAGGCCGGAGCACCGGAAGUGUCUUCUCUAUACAUGGCUCUUGCGUUCGCGAUCCUUGCGCACACCUUUCUAUGGCGACAAGCACGGGAGCGUAGAGAAUAUGUCUACGCAAAAUCCCUGGAGGCGCAAGAAAGGCAGACUUGGGACCGCAAACAACAGUUGAAAGGGAGUUUGGCCACAGGGAAGACGCUUCCGACGGAACUGAAGAAGAGUGCAAAGGACUUGGGAAGGGAUUUUACAUUCGAUGAAGCUCAAGCUGAACCAACAACACACAUCGAUAACGAGUAUUCUCAUGCUGGUAUUGAGGAUCCAAAGAUAGUUAUAACGACGUCCAGAGACCCCAGUUCAAAAUUGUUACAGUUUUCCAAAGAAAUGCGUCUCGUCUUCCCGAAUUCCCAUCGAAUAAAUCGAGGAAAUUAUGUCGUUAAAGAGCUUGCGGAGGCCUGUCGCGCGAACGAUGUGACAGACCUCAUCGUGGUGCACGAACAUCGUGGAAUUCCCGACGCUCUUAUUGUCUCGCACUUUCCUCACGGACCGACGGUCUACUUCACUCUCAACAACGUCAUCCUUCGUCACGACAUCGUGUCUUACAAUAAAUCAACAGUAUCUGAACAAUAUCCUCAUCUUAUUUUCGAGAACUUCAGCUCCAAACUCGGAGAGCGGGUGCGAGAUGUUCUGAAGUACUUGUUCCCUGUUCCCAAGGAAGACAGCAAAAGAGUCAUGACUUUUGCCAAUGAAGAUGACUUCAUCUCAUUCCGGUAG